CCGACAAUUGAGCUCCGCUUCGUUACUGGAGCCUGACCACUAUAAUACCAAAUGCGUCCAACCCUGCCUUAUCAUCAAGUGAACGAGCUCUCACUUAUUUGCUCUCAGCCAACCGGCCAUGGGUCUCCAGGUCGCUUAGAUGGGGAGCUGUCCCUGGGAGCAGAUCCUAAUAGCCAACCGGAGAAAGCUCGAGAGUUACUUUCUGCAAUUGAGCCCGGUUGGGACGGUCAGGAUCCCCCACCGCAGUUUGAGCAAUAUGGCGAGCAGUUUCAACCACCUAUCUAUUGUGCCGCCAGCCAUCUCAACAACAGCCCUAAGGGUAAGAGUGAAAAGGCUCAAAUGGUCUUUUCACUUCUUCAGCAUGGAGCCGAUCUGUACCAGGAGUUUCCUCAAGCUCUUUAUAGUCCAGAUCGCUCCUCUAAGCCCAGGGCACCGUUCCCGGGCGAGGACCCUCCAUGCACAUCUUUUCCAGAAUUCCCUACGGAAGCCAAUAGCCUAGAUCGGGAGGAAGAAAAUCAGCAUCCGCACUUUUCGGAUGAUGAGUGGGAAAAUGAAGAGAGAGCGCCUACGUGGGGUGCGAGACAUGUCAUUCAUGCUAUCAUUGAAGAUGGCGGUUGCUUGACGCCUCUGAUUGAGUAUCCUGGGUUCCUUGCAUCAUUGAACCUUAAACAUCGUGAUCCCUAAGGGCGCACACUACUACUCAGUGCCUGUCGAAGUGCUGCCGGAGCCGACGUGCGUGCUAGGACUGGGUUCCAUGAAGUCCAUUGGAAUGUGG